AUGUCUUCAGAAAAGCACUAUACGGCCAUCCGCCCACCUCCGACAAUCUACAAAGAGGAUCCGCGCGCCGUGCUUUCAGAGCACGAGCAGAAGCUAUAUGACGAGGUCCUGGACCACUUUGCGAAAGAGGACUACUCGCUUCCCCACAUCGAGAAAGGACAGCUUACGGACGAUGAGAAGUUCUGGCUUUCACGCGAAUGCCUCCUUCGGUAUCUACGUGCUGUAAAGUGGAAGAACGCCCACGCGGCGAUUCACAGACUGGAAGCGACUCUCAGCUGGAGACGCCAAUUCGGUCUUUACGACCUCGUCAGUGCGAGCCAUGUUGAACCUGAGGCUGUUACGGGAAAGGAGAUUCUCUAUGGCUAUGACGUGAAGGGAAAGCCUGCCUUCUAUAUGAUCCCCAGUCGCCAAAAUACCAACGAGGCGACGCGCCAGGUUCAAUACGCCGUCUGGAUGCUGGAGCGCUGCAUAGACCUAAUGGAACCCGGCGUCGAAAACAUCGCCCUGCUUAUCAACUUCGCCGACCGCGCAAAGAACCCGUCCAUCGGGACCGCUCGCACCGUACUCAACAUUCUACAGGACCACUACCCCGAGCGGCUCGGCCUCGCACUCAUCAUCAACGUCCCCUUCCUCGUCAAUGCCUUCUUCAAGAUCAUCAUGCCCUUCGUCGACCCUGUUACGCGCGAGAAGGUCAAGUUCAACCCGCACGUCCUCAAGGACGGUCUAUUCACCCCCGACAUGCUCAUGAAGGAGUGGUGGGAGGGCGACCAUGACUUUGAGUAUGUGCAUGAGAAGUACUGGGGCGAUCUUGUGGGGUUGUGUGAGAAGCGCGUGACGGGGUGGAAGAAAGCGUGGAGAGCGCAGGGCGCGAAGGUGGGCCAGAGCGAGUGGGCGUAUAAGAAGGGGAAGGCCUCGGCGGAGGAUGGGCCUGAAGGCGAGUUCGACGACGAUAAGAAGGAGGAGAAGGUGACUAUUACUGAGGCCCCUGCAGCCGCCGACGAGCCGCCUGUCGUGUCCAAACCGCCCAAAAAAGCAGCAGAACCCGAGGUCCAGCCUGAAAAGCCUGUAGAUGUUCAGUCCUCUGAAUCACCCAAGAAGGACACGGAAUCUGAGCUUGAAAAGCCCGCUGACUCUCAAUCCUCGGAGACAACGAAGCGGGAGAACACGGGCAGUAAUCCUGCCCAGACAGAAGGGACUACAGCUGCUCAGUCUGGACCGUCAACUGUGGCCGUUUCUGGUGCGGGUGCUGUUUCUGGAGGUGGCGGAGGUGGUGACGCUGCUGCUGCUGGAGGAGAUGGAGGAGGAGAGUGA